AUGGCCCGCGGUCAGAACUCAACCCAGCAGGCCGAUGGCCAAAACGUCCAGACCCAGGGCGCAAAGGACAAGUCGGCCAACCCAAUGCGCGAGCUUCGCAUCCAAAAGCUCGUCCUCAACAUCUCCGUCGGCGAGUCUGGUGACAGAUUGACCCGUGCUGCCAAGGUGCUCGAGCAGCUGUCUGGUCAGACCCCAGUCUACAGCAAGGCCCGCUACACCGUCCGUACCUUCGGUAUCCGCCGUAACGAGAAGAUCGCCGUCCACGUCACCGUCCGUGGCCCCAAGGCAGAGGAGAUCAUCGAGCGUGGUCUCAAGGUCAAGGAGUACGAGCUCCGCAAGCGCAACUUCUCCGAGACUGGCAACUUCGGCUUCGGUAUCUCUGAGCACAUCGAUUUGGGCAUCAAGUACGACCCAGCGAUCGGUAUCUACGGCAUGGACUUCUACUGCUGCAUGACCCGCCCAGGUGAGCGUGUCGCCAAGCGGAGACGCGCGCAGUCCCGCAUUGGUGCCUCCCACCGCAUCAACCAGGCCGAGACCAUCAAGUGGUACAAGAACCGAUUCGAGGGUAUCGUGCGGUAA